AAAACAACUUCCCAUUUGACUGAAAAACUAUUUGAAGGGGUUUUGUGUUUUUUCUGACGCCUAUUUUUGUGCAAGAAAAACUCAAUUUUUUGCAUUUUUCUCUUGAGAAUUCCCAUUAUUUUCACAGUGAAUAGGACAGAAAUAUUGCAGAGCAUCUGAAGAUCACAUAGAAAAAUUUUGGAAAAAUGUCUGCUGUGUUGCGAGUUAAGAGGAGAAUUGAUGAAGAACCACUAAAUGCCUUUGUUCUCAAUUGCAAGAAGAGGAAAGUCAGUGAAGAAAAUGCAAUUGAGGCUGUUGCAUCUUCCUCGAGGAAUCCGGAGAGUCUCUUGGCGUCCAAAGAUGAGACAUCGACAAUUCUGAAGUUUGCCGGAACGGUGGAGAGUCAGGAUGAGAAUGUCACGAGCCAUAUAACAAAGCUGACAAUGGAAGAGGCGAAGGAGUUGAUGGGAAAGACGAGAAUUCCCCAGCCUGUGGCCAGAGCCAGAGACAAUCACAGAUUGAAGACGCAGGAGGAGAGAUUCAGGAUUGUAAAUUGCUCAAGGGCUGUGGAUGCAUCGAAUGCUGAGGAAGGGAAAGCCAUCACAAUUUUGGAUAUCGAGAAACAAGCUUCACAUUCAACCAAGGAAACUCCGGAAAAUCCGUCCAGAGACACGAGGCAAGACACUGAGCCACAAACUGCCAUCACGGGAUAUGUCUAUGAUUUGUAUGUGACAGAAAUUGGAGAUUUGGGAUCAGACAUCGAUGAUGGGAUGCUAGAGAAUCAACUGAGCAUUCAUCCGUUUGACUACCUCACGUACGGAAGUCGCAUGGACAAUGGCCUCGGAGGCUGUGACAGCGACGAUGAUGAAUCAGAUGAUUCCAAUGCCGAGAACAACUGGAGGAAUGACUAUCCGGAUUCAGAUCCCGAUUCCAGCAUCGAUGAGCGCGACAUGCGAAGAGCAGUUGAGAAUUUCAAUCUCGAUGAUGAUGACCUGUCCACAGAUGAAGGAGACUUCAUGUACGGAAGGGAAGACUCCUGGCAAGACUACGACGACUACGACAGCGAAAGGGGCAGAGACUUCGAAAGGUACCACAGAAUGCUGAGUGUCAUGGCUCGAGAAGGAAAUGAAGAUGACGACUAGAUUUCUUUUUUCAAGACGUUUUAUUCAACAAAAAUAUUACAAUCGCUGUUUCAAGUGCGACAAUAAAACAGCUACAAAAAAUA